UGAGAACCGUUUGGAGUAUAAAACGGAAGACUUCUGAUAUUUCCGCGGUAAAUCAGCACGCGCUUAGCAGAAGUUAUCCGGAUAUAGACUCUCCGAACCGCUUUUCACCCUGUGACGUCAUUAAAAUCUUGAAGACAUGGAUCAAAAGCCUGAGCAUCUAAACGUUAUGUUCUCUCCAGAAUACGCUGUUCCAGUGUUUGGAUAUGCCGUACCACCUCUCGCUCUCGUCAUAUUGUUCGUCAAUUUCCUCAUGGUAUGGAUAUUGCUCAAGAGACACAUGCGUUCACCAGCUAACACCCUGCUUAUCUGCAUCGCUAUAUCCGACACACUCGCCAUAGUUCUCCCAGUCAUUCCUUUUGUGUACUUCUACACCUUUGGCUUCUACGAGGACUUCAUACCAUUUGCCUGGUGUCGGGUGUUUUUCAACCUUGUACACGUAUUCCCUCUUCUGUGUAACAUGGCAUCGUUAUGGUCAACCGUCGCUCUAGCGUUCAUGCGCUGUUUUUCGGUAUGGCGCCCUCUACAUGCAAAAUCUACCAUAACACUGACCCGCACGUACAUAACAAUUAUAGGGAUAUAUAUCCUAUCUGCAUUGGUGUACACUCCGGCAAUGUUCGAGUAUACUUAUAUUCCACUCUCUUCGCCGUCGCUAAUGGAUCCAAACACAACAAUUAUAUCCUGUCACUUGCAGCAGACGAGGUCACAUUUGUCAGAGUCUUUCUGCAACUUUCAUACAUGGAUUCAAAUCAUUUUUACGUCGUUAUUACCAUGGUUUCUCAUAACAUUUCCUGACUUCGGACUUUUGUACAAACUAAAGAAAACAGAAAAAGAACGAAAGACUCUCACUGAUGAAUCAUUUGAUCAAAAAGAUGACUCGAAAGGCAAAGACUUGCUAUCCAAAACCAAACUGGUCACUGGCAGACGAAUGACUAGUUGGAUGAUUUUUGUCGUUGUCAGCAUGAUCUGGUUGGUGGAGAUUCCGUUCGCAGUCAGUUUUACAUUAUACCAAUCCCAUACAAAUGGUGACGUCAUGCGCAACCAUCUUGGAAGCAGUGUUGUGUUCAUUUUACUUAUAAAAUACAUUAGCUAUCCGGUCAUGUUCCUAAUCUACUGUUUUAUGAGUCAGAAGUUCAGGAAGACAUUUUCAGAAAUUGUGUUCUGCUCAUCGAGGGGAAAGUACUCUCCAGAAUCUUCGACGAAAACGUACAAGGACCUCUCGUCCGAUCUGAGAAAGAAGCAAAGGUCAAAUCUGGCGUCGGUAUCUUCAGAGUGUUGAAAUAAAGAUAGAUUGAUGGGCAAUUGCUGUCGGCAAAAGCCUGAAACCAACCCUGCGCUAAAGCAAAAAGGGACUGCAGUAACCCCAGCUUGCGAUAUGAAAUGUGCAGGAACAUUAUGUUGGAAAAUAAACAUACAUACAACAAUAUAUAAACCCCGCACGAUAACGCACACGAUAACGUGUUUGAUAAUUAUGAUUUUUCUUCAUUAAAACGUUUCAAUACAGAAAAUGUUUUUGUAAAACAUUACAGUAUGCACUUAACUUCUGUCAUUGACAACCUUUUUGAGUUCAACGAUGCAUGAGAACCAUAACAAUCAAACAAUAAUAUAAACAUGCUGCGGGAGUAGUACAUUUCAGUUAAGAUAUUUGUACCUGAAGUGCAUACAUGUCUGUUUCCCAUACAACAUGUAGUGUCAUGCACAUAUCAUGACCUUAUUCCGUACAUUAUGUGAAUGCGUGCAAUUAAAAAACUUGUCAUUAUAUUGAUAUGUACAUACAUGUAGUAUAAAGAAUGCAUUAUACAUACAACAUAAUAAGUGUAAAUAUCUCUUGACACCAAUAUGUUUUUCUCUUCUGACAUUCUGAUUUUUGUCGUAAUUCAUGUACAAAUGAAUAGAGUGGAGUAUAACUUAAGUUGAUGCAUAAGUUUCACGCUGGUUCAAGUAUGAUUUCACAUACGUUUAUAAUUUCAUUUGUAAAUUAGUAACUUGUUUCAAAAUGUUAGAACAAAUAAGAACCCCAAUAUUUAACAAGAAGUAUCUUUAAAAAGAUUCACGGUCGCAUUAGUCAAUGCACACUUUAAGCUACGAAACGUGCACUCUGCAUUUUCACAUACGAUCGGGUAUUUAUAAAGCAAAACAAAAUGUAGUUUUUAAAGUUAUGUUUUUAUGUAGAACAUAUUUUACAGAACA